GGCCCUCGGAGCCACGGCGGCGGCGGCGACGGCGGCGGCGGCAGCAGCCCUCCUGGGGCCUUACACCCGCGUGGCGCUCUCACGGUGCCCGGAGGGAGGCGCCCCCCUGCGACGGAGCUCCGCCCGCUGCCCGCCCGCGGAGGCGGGAAGAAAAGGGCGCGCCGCGCAGCCAGGACGGCGCUAUGGCGUCAUCAGCGCGCGUCGUGGAGCGCCGCUCGGCCGGAGCGAUGUCGCCGCCGCUUUUCAGCCUGCCCGAGGCGCGGCACCGCUUCACGAUCUCCACCAGAGAAGCUCUGCACCACAAAACCCUCAAACCGCUGUUGAACGCCUUUAAUCAGAUUCCCGGGAGUGAAAAUGAAAAGAAGUGUACCCUGGAUCAAGCUUUCAGAGUUAUUGUGGAAGAGGAAAUAAUAAACAAAGCUCCGUGUGAAAACCUGCUGGCAAUUAUUUCUCUUGCUAUUAAUGGAGUCACUGAAGGUAUCUGCACUGCAUCAACACCUUUUGUGCUCCUGGGAGAUGUUCUGGAUUGCUUACCUUUGGAUCAGUGUGAUAAAAUUUUCACUUUUGUGGAGAAGAAUGUUGCUACGUGGAAAUCAAACAUGUUUUAUUCUGCAGGGAAAAACUACUUGCUACGAAUGUGCAAUGACCUUCUAAGGAGAUUGUCCAAAUCACAAAACACAGUUUUUUGUGGAAGAAUUCAACUGUUCUUGGCUAGGUUGUUUCCGCUGUCUGAAAAGUCAGGACUUAACUUGCAGAGUCAGUUUAACCUGGAAAAUGUGACUGUUUUCAAUACCAAUGAACAUGAGAGCACUCUAGGGCAGAAGCACUCAGAGGAGAGAGAUGAAGGGAUGGAUGUAGAAGAAGGUGAAAUGGGAGAUGAUGAAGCACCAACAAGUUGUUCCAUUCCGAUAGAUUAUAACCUGUAUAGAAAAUUCUGGUCGCUUCAAGAUUACUUUAGAAAUCCUGUGCAGUGCUAUGAGAAGGUCUCAUGGAAAACUUUCCUUAAGUACUCAGAAGAAGUUUUGGCUGUUUUCAAAAGUUACAAAUUGGAUGACACGCAGGCUUCCCGAAAGAAGCUGGAGGAGCUGAAAACAGGUGGAGAACACGUGUACUUUGCCAAGUUCCUGACUAGUGAGAAGCUGAUGGAUUUGCAGCUGAGUGACAGCAACUUCCGCCGUCACAUCUUGUUGCAGUAUCUAAUACUGUUUCAGUAUCUGAAGGGACAGGUCAAAUUUAAAAGUUCAAACUAUGUUCUAACAGAUGAGCAGUCUCUUUGGAUUGAAGAUACUACAAAAGCAGUUUACCAGCUUCUUUCAGAAAAUCCUCCAGAUGGGGAAAGAUUCUCAAAAAUGGUAGAGCAUAUAUUAAAUACUGAAGAAAACUGGAACUCGUGGAAAAACGAAGGCUGCCCGAGCUUUGUGAAAGAAAGAUCUCAGCCAGAGUUUCAGCUUGGGCCUCCUGAUUCUAAGCCAAUGAGGCCUGCAAGAAAGAGGCCAGCUCCAGAGGACUUCUUAGGAAAAGGACCAAACAAAAAAAUCCUCAUGGGGAAUGAGGAACUGACCCGACUUUGGAAUUUAUGUCCUGAUAACAUGGAAGCUUGUAAAUCUGAGAGCAGGGAAUAUAUGCCAACACUGGAAGAAUUCUUUGAAGAAGCCAUUGAACAAGCAGAUCCUGAAAACAUGGUUGAAAAUAAGUACAAGGCUGUGAACAAUUCUAACUAUGGAUGGAGAGCGCUAAGACUACUGGCACGCAGAAGCCCGCAUUUCUUCCAGCCAACAAAUCAGCAGUUCAAGAGCUUACCAGAAUAUCUAGAAAACAUGGUAAUCAAAUUAGCCAAGGAGUUGCCUCCUCCUUCUGAAGAAAUAAAAACAGGCGAAGAUGAAGAUGAGGAAGAUAAUGAUGCUUUAUUAAAGGAAAACAAUGAAAGUCCGGAGUCGCAACGGGACAAACCCUUGACAGGGGAACAAAUGGAGGCAUUCGCCAUCAGGCUGGGGGAGCACUGGAGGGCUUUGGCCCCCUACUUGGAAAUGAAGGAUUCCGAUAUCCGUCAGAUCGAGGCGGAUAGCGAAGACGUGAAGAUGAGAGCCAAGCAGCUGCUGGUUGCCUGGCAGGACCAGGAGGGUGCGCACGCCACACCCGAGCACCUGAUCGCCGCGCUGAGCAAAGCGGGGCUGGGGGACCUUGCCGAGAGCCUGACCAACGACACCGACAGCGGCAGCUAGCGUGCUGCCUCCCUGCUUCCUCGUGAGAAAAUAUUACUCUACCAGAAAACCACAGUUUAGAACUGAAGAAUCCGGAUUUGGUUACGAGUGUGUCGUGCUGUGUCAUGCUUGGAACACAACUAAAAUGUCAAGUUUCUUGCGGCACAAAUAUUUGCACGUUUCUCAGCUGUUGGUCUGAAGUGGACAGAGCUGCGUGUGAGGAGACAGGCGGCCAAGCUCCGUUCCUGAGGACCUUCCCAAAUUCAGGGAAGGGCUGACCUGGUUGUUAGUACUGUGACACCCUGCUGCUACUGGCAAUCCAGCAUCAGAAUUCUAGACGACCUUUCUUUGGCCUGAAAGUGAGGUUUCUUUUUUCAUAAUAUUCAUAACCUGUGGGCAUUAACUAUUUUAUCGUACUUUUCCUUCCCAAUUCUGUAAAAAGGAAAAGCAGAUGCAUGGUUCUCAAACAGUCUUUGUAAGCUGAUCUAAUCCUGUACAAACCGCAACACCACUGGUCCUACCAAAAUACUCUGUAGGAGCAGUUAGCACAAAGUUUGCAGAUGGAAGGGAUUAUUUUUAGUUGUUCCCUUAACCUGCUGCUUCCCCUUCAAACACAGCAAUGAAAAAGCAGCCCAAUUAAAAACUGACUCUUGGAGAACCAUUUUCAGCAUGCUUAAUUCAUGAUAGCGUUAUUCACUCAGUCUGUAGUGCAAGACAGAGGGAAAAAUACCUUUUGUUAAAACUACAAGUAGCACACUGGUUUGCAUUUGGAUACCUGCUUGAGAAAGACCAUAGCAGAGUUUAAAAGAAAAAAAGCUCUGCUGAAAUCUGCUUUGUAGUAACACAAUUCAUUCUCACUUCCAUCUACAACACCCCCAAAAA